AAAUAAGAAGGAGCGUCGGUCAAAUAAAAAUUAAAGCGCCACAACUGGCCGAGAUGUUCCUAUUGUCUGGGGGUUUCAUACUUCUCAUAUGCAUUUUAUCAUACUCAAACUGCUAUAUACAACGAGGCUUAGAGGAUCCUUAUGCUGAAACACCAAAAUGUGAGCCCAUACGUAUCAAAGCUUGUCAGGAUUUACCAUAUAACAUCACAAUCUUCCCAAAUGAUAUGGGACAUGCUACACAAGAUGAUGCCGCCCAAGAAAUAAGUCAGUACACGUCAUUAAUAAGGAUAAAAUGCAGUCCUUCGUUAAAGUUGUUCUUGUGUUCACUAUUUUUUCCGGUUUGUACCGGUAUGAAAAAACCAUUACCACCUUGUCGGUCACUUUGCGAACAAAACAGAAAGGACUGCGAACCACUAAUGCGAGGCUUUCACUUUGAAUGGCCAGAGAUCAUGAGCUGUGAUCGUUUUCCGGAGGAUUCUCUGUGCAUAGCUGAAAACAAAACAGAGAAACGCUCUCCCAAGGAACCCUCUUUUGUUUGUCCUGUUCAUAUGAGGGUACCUCCGAGCUUCGAGUUCCGCAUUAGGAUGUCAAGUGGCCAAGUUAUUCCCGACUGUGGAAUUCCAUGUGAUGAUUUCCUUUUUGGUGACUCUUCCUCUAGAAGGUUUUCUCGCCUUUGGAUUGGUCUUUGGAGUUGUCUCUGCGCGGCAUCCACCUUAUUUACUGUUCUUACUUUCCUCAUUGACAUGUCUCGUUUCCAGUAUCCUGAAAGGCCGAUUAUAUUCUUGUCAGCUUGUUAUUUGAUGGUGGCUCUUACGUAUGUUGCUGGAUUUAUUUUGAAUAAUGAGGUUGCCUGCUCAGGUCCUUUUCCAGCGCCACAGUCACUCAGUGGUCAGAUCGAAAUGCCGCGACUAAUUACUCAAGGGACGAAAUUCGAAGGAUGCAUCAUUCUGUUCAUGUUACUUUACUUUUUUUCUAUGGCUAGUUCAAUAUGGUGGGUGGUGUUAACAAUUACCUGGUAUUUAGCUGCUAAAUGUCACUGGGCACACGAAGCUAUCUCACGUAAUGCUCAGUAUUUACACUUUGCUGCUUGGGCUAUUCCCGCCGCUAAAACAAUUGGCAUACUAGCAUUGGGCAAAGUGGAUGGUGAUCCGUUGUCAGGUGUCUGCUUCACCGGUUUAACUGAUCCUGUCAUAUUGAGAGCAUUCUUGAUCGCCCCGCUUUGUUUGUAUUUGCUAAUUGGGACUUGUUUUCUGUUUGCUGGCUUUGUAUCCUUAUUUAAAAUACGUACAAUUAUAAAAACUGGUGGUUCAAAGACGGAUGAUUUGGAGAAAUUAAUUAUGCGAAUUGGUGUAUUCAGUUUAUUGUAUAUUGUGCCAGCAUUGGUUGUCAUCGCUUGUUAUUUACACGAAUCAAGAAUGUCUGAGAAAUGGAUGCUCACGUGGUAUACGACUGAGGUUUGUCGUAAAGUUGAUCCAAAUCAGUUAGCUGAUUCAAUAUGUCCUGGACAUUUUAGGCGAUUAGUGGAAGCUGGAAGUGCUGCUGCGCGAUCAGACAAUCCAGAUGGAUUUGUUAGCGAAAACAUAUUCGCUAAGAUAUCAGCACUGGAGAAACCUGAAUUCGAGUUAUUUAUGAUCAAAUAUUUGAUGACAUUAAUUGUUGGCAUAACAAGUGGUAUCUGGAUAUGGAGUGGUAAGACUCUUUUAUCGUGGCAGCGUUUCUUUGCACGUGUAUUUCGUCGCCGUGGAUGUUGCAGCAGCAAAGACAAUGAUCUUAAUAGUGUAACAGGUGCACCACGUUCCGGUCUUGUUGUAGCUAGACGAGGUAUUCAAGCAAGUGUUCUACUAACUGGUUUAACAUCGAAUCCUGGUUCUGUACCCUUGUUAACGCGUACACUACAGUCAAGUCAUCCAGUGCAACCUUUCAUUUUCAGUCAGGAUACAACAACAACUACAAGUGGAUGGGCGUCAAGGGGUGCACCAUCCGGGGUAACUGCACCACCGGACAUUUCAUCCACUCCUGUUAGUUAUACUACUCAGCCGAAUUGGUUGACUGCCGGUCCCAAUUCAAUUCAAAUGAAUGCUGGCCUUCAGUCUGGUCUAAUGAAUGCAAAUGCACAGAAUGUUGUACCAACCAAUUCUGGUCUAGGCUUGCUAUAAUAGAUGUUACGUAUCUGUCAUAUCAACUAAACAAUAUGCUAAUAAUAACAUAUAAUGUUCUCUUCUACCUAAAUACAGAAAAUACGAAAAUCUUUGAAAUCUUACCUCUUCAUUAUUAUUGUUGUUAUUUCACCUGUAAAUUCAGUCAACCUUAUAUCACCAUACGUAUUGAGCACGCAGUUAUGACCAUUAUUCUCUCAAAUGAGAGCACAAUACUUAUCUCUCCAGUGAAAUUCUUCAAGCGUUAUUCCUACCCCAUGCAAAACAGGUAGUCAUAUGUCAUCACAUAUGUCUGAUCUAGUUUCUUUUCCUCCAGGUGACCUUGUAUAGCUUCUGGUCUGUAUGUUUUUGUCUAUCACUGCAAGGAACCACAUCAUUCAAACACGACAAAGCAAAGUAAUCGUAUAAUUUUAUUUGUUUACGUACUACUUCAUCACUUCACGCUAAUGUUUAUUUAGUGUAAUGUGAAAUGAAACUAGUGCUGAGGGUGUGCAUUUAAGUAAUGUAUAUUCUCUCUCUCUGUGUGUGCGUCUUGUUCGUUUUUACUUUAUGCGUUUGCUUUUCUAUUUGAAAAAGUCAACAGCUUGAUUUCGUGACUUUUCAUCAUUUUAAUUCACCUAAUUCUCAUGUGUGUGUGUGUGUGUGUGUAUAUGUAUGUAUGUGAUAUUAACGCUCACAUCCAUCGGAACACUUUUAUGUGUAAGAGUGCACUGUCCGUAAAAAAGAAGCAGAAUGUGCUGCACUAAACUACUGACUACUACUACUGCCUUUGUUAUCACCAGUAUUUUUUAGUAUUACAUACAUAGAGUGCGUACACGUCAGUAGUGUAUGUAUGAGUAAUUUGGGUAUUCUUAUUCAGUAUAUCUGUCAGAUGCAGAGUUCAAAAAGGCAACUGAAUACAACAAUCUAGACAAAGAGAUCACACUUUUUAUUAUAAUCAUCAUCGUCGUCGUUUCAAUUCUUGUUGAAUAUAUUCAUGUGAAGUAUUAUUUUUCUCCUAAUUAUUCUCUGCUUGGUAACUUUUUGAAUGUUUUUAUAAAUUCUUCCGUUUUUACCACCAUCAUGAUGUGUUCUCUGCUACUGGUUCAGUAUCUGUCGUAGCUUAAUAUCGUAAUUUAUUUAUUCUUCUUUUGCUUUUUUUUUUUGCUUAUUGUACUUAUUUAUCAAUUCGUUCCUGCAAUUGUUGUUGUUUCACAAUUGUGGAAUAUGUUUUGAACUAGAAGUUCUAUUCACCUUCCUUUUAUUUCACAACAAUAUUAUUAUUAUUAUUAUUAUUAUUAUUAUUAUUAUUAUUAUUAUUCUGUCAUUCGCCUUUACUUGGCUUCAAAUUGAAGAAUGAUCUUAUCAACUUGGCAAUGUUUUUUCUAGGAUAAAUUUGGUAUAUUU